AUGUUUUCGUUCGUUCGUUCGUUCGUUCUUCUUCUUCUUCUUCUUCUUCUUCUUCUUCUUCUUCUUCUUCUUCUUCCACCGCCUCCUUUUUCUUCUGCUUUUUCUUCCACUUCUUUUUUCCUCUUCUUUCUCUUUUUCCUCCUUUUCUUCUUUUUCCUCUUCUUCCUUUUUCUUCUGUUUUCUGCUCCAUCAUCUUCCCCCUCCUCCUCCUCUUCUUCUUCCUCCCCCUCCUCGUCCUCCUUUUCUUCUUCUUCCUUUUCUUUUUCUUCUUUCUUUUCAUUGUCUUCUUCUUCUUCCUCUUCUCCCUCCUCCUCCUUCUCCACCUCAUCCUCUUCUUUUUCUACUUCCACCUCCUCCUUUUUCUUCUGCUUUUUCUUUCACUUCUUUUUUCCUCUUCUCCUUUCUCUUCCUCUUUUUCUCUUUUCCUCUUCCUCUUCUUCUUUUUCCUCCUCUUCCUUUUUCUUCAUCUUCUUCCUGUUCAUCCUCUUCUUCCUUCUUUUCUUCUUCUUCUUCUUUUUUCUAUUCUUCUUCUUAUUCUUUAAUUCUUCUUCUUCUUGUUCUCGUUCUACUUCUUCAUCUUCCGCCUUUACCUAUUCUUCUUCUUCUUCUUGUAAAAAUGAGUGCAGAUAUUGA